AUGUCGGAAUCGGUGGUACCGGCAUACAAAGAAGCUUACAGCAUUCUGCAAAACGAUGUUCUGAAUUUACUCUUGACCAACGUCAGCACAGACAAUGAAACAGCUAUCAACCAGCUGGUCUCGAAUUUAACUUGUGCCAUUCAAAGUGUCUACGAUGCACUGGAUACAGCUGUGAACGACAGUCAAACACUUCGAGUCGAAAUCGAUCAAAAACUUGUCAAUGCUGCUACUGCCGUCAGCGCAAAAGAAAAUGAAAUUUCCCGCAAACAAGGUGAAAUCCAGCAAAAAAAUACGGAAAUUCAAGGCGUUCAGUCCCAGUUGGCCACAGCUGAACAGGGUUUAAGAGACAAACAACAAGGACUAGCCAAUGCGGAGAAUGAUCUUCGUAUUGCACAACAGAAAGUAUUUGAUGUACUAGUGGAGAAACCAUUAUGCAGCGUCGUCAACCCGGGUGGAAUCGAUCGUGGAAAAGAUGCACGUCAUAAUGCGGAACAACAAGUUCAAAGUGCACAACAGCAAGUUGACAGCGUUCGUCAACAGCUGUCAUCGUUGCAAGGUCAGAAAUCCAGUUUAGACACACAGCUGAGCCAGUUGCAAACACAAUUACAAGAAUUACAAUCAGCUUUGAUAACGCUUCGAGAAGUUAGUAACUCAACAGCAACAAUCAACUACGAGUUAAAAAAGAUUAUCGGUCAUAUUACAAAAAUCUGGGAUGCAUCAUCAGUAAAAUAUACAAUGAAUUUGUUAUCUAUCAGAGCCAAUCAAACAACAAAUGUCAGCAGUCUAUUUCAACAGGAAACGGAUGAACAAGUCCUAAGUCAAACUGAUAUAGACUAUCCAUGGCAGCAACUUAUCUCAGCUGGACCGGUUGCUAUCAACGUUCUGGGCCAACUCAUUGUUCUCUCAACUAAAAUCGAUUUCUCUUUAAAAGAAAGUGUCGGUGACUACAAGUUCAAAUACAUUCGCAAUCCACAAUCGUAUCGUGGUACUCUGAUUCAAAUUGCGAAUGACGGAUGGGAAGCAUUUAACCAGGCACACAGUUCAAUGAACACAAUUCAGCUGUACAUGGCACAGAUUCCAGGACAUGUGAAAACAUCGUUUCAGAUAUUAAUGCAAGCUUCACCAAGACUUAUAAAAAAUCUCUUAGUACCAUCGUUAAACAGCAUCGACGGAAUCGGAAAAGAAUGUUCUAGGCUAGCCUCUAACACGCACGAUUCAUUUGUCAACGUCAUGCAACUUUUGGGUGAAGUCAUUGAAAUUACAGUUGUAACGCAAGGUGUUCACAUGCAACGAGUAAAAGAAGUUGAAAUUGAACUCAAUGUCUCUCGUACAGCGGAACAAUAUCAAGAACAAAUUAUCCACACCGUUCAAAAACACUACGACGAAGCACAGGAAGCUGUUCGAACGGCACAGGCUGCGUACGCACAAGCCUUGAAAGACCUGCCAACUGGAUGGGAUAAAAUCCUACAGAAUUUUGUACAAGCCGUUACUGAUGUAAUCGAUGAUGUUGCGCCAGUGAUUGUAGGCGCAUUGGUGGGAGGACCAGUUGGUGCAGGCGUCGGCGCUGGCGUUGCUGCAACCCGUGGUGGAAGCGGUGGUGGAGGCAAUGGCAGUAUUGGAAUAAGUGACAUAGCCGCAGGUUUAGGUGACAAGAUUAUUUUAAGUCAAUCGCUGUCGGUUGCAAAGAUGUUAUCAGAUCAGCUGAACGCAUUGUUGAACAGUGUCACAGAAAAUGUCAACGCAAGUGCACAAAUGCUGACAAAAGAUUUUGCUUCCUAUAGAGUCGCUUUCAAUGCAAUGAACAAUUUGCUAAAAACUGUCAAAGGCGACAGUGAAUUAACAAAGACAGUUGGUAACAUCUUACAAUCAGCCAUAGAUGUAACAAAUCUGAAAGAUGCUGACAAAAUUAUAAGUCAGCUAACGAGUCUGAUUGAGCAACUAAAACCGUUAGUAGCUGCAAAAUCAAUAGAUUCCACCAAAAUUGAUGCUCAAGACACAGCGCAACGGCCACAGUCCUCGUCAAAUUCGAAUUCUGGCAAUUAUGAUAAUGAAAAAUUCAAAGUCACUAUAACACUGGACCGUCUUCAAAAAGCUAUACAACGUUCGGAUGACAUUUUUCAACAAUGGCUUGAACAGCAGGAUAAAAUGAAGGAACUGAUGGUUAAAAUCGCACGACUUGAUUUGACGAAGAUCAACUAUGAACAGAUUAUUGAGCUUUUACGUCAAGGCAUCUUACUGCUGGGCAACAUUCGAGUUCAAUGGGGACGUCUAGUUCGAUUUUUCUCCGAAAUAUCUAUUCGUACUCGGUUCGCUGUAAAUGAAACGCUAGUACCCUUUGUUGAUCGUAUGAAAGAAGUAUCGUCGUUGAGUGAUAUUACACAAUCCGAACGAACGUUCUACAUUGGUUUACUCAAAGGACAAACAGUCAAUAUUCAUCGGCAAAGCUAUAUUCUUUAUGCAAUGUCUCGUACUUACGUUGAUAUCUCGAAUGAAUUCAUGAUGGACAAACUGAGUGGAUUGGCAAUGAUGCUUGGAAUGCAGACGGAUCAGGAGCGGAAUGAAGCCGUGCAGAAGCUGCUAAAUGACACAGAGAAAGCCCAGACGAAGGUGCAAGCUUUGGCAGACAAACGGAAAAAGACAUUUGAAGAAACAGUAUUGAAACGACAAAAUGAAUUAGAGACCUAUCUUGACCAUCUUGGUGGUAAAACACAAGAUGAUUUAGAUGCAAUCAAAGAAGGAGAUGAACUAUUGACACUCUCAUAG